CCCGAAGAAGACGGGUGAGCAGUGGGCGCUAGGAGCGGGGCCGCGAGGUGUGUUGUCAGUCCACAGUGUCGCCUGCACCAGCAACAUGAUGCGAGGACCAAGUUACGACGAUUCCUACAUCACUCGAAAGAUGUCGCAUAUGAGUGGACCCACCUUCAGCAUGCCUGGGCCCGCUUCCUAUGGACGCCCACCCAUGGGUGGCUACAUGCAGGAACCUUACGGCUACGACUACAUACCAAGGCGAAAGAACAGAGAGACAAUCAAGACGGAGCGUCGUAGCCUCAGCCCAACCCUUCCCUACCUCUGGCCAGAGCUCGAUAACAAUUUGAUGGAGCGCAAGUCCACCAAGGGCUGGUACCGCGUCGACUUCGGGCCACAGACCUCCAGUGAAGUGUGGUACCUGCCCACCGUCAGGGACAGGCUCAACUUCCUGCAGCACCACGCUGAGGGUAACCCCCACUCACCCUACCAGCCAAGGGCCUCCUCUGUCCCUCCGCGUCGCAGGGCUGUCAAGAAACCUGAGGGACCCAGAUCCUCUUCCUACUGGGACAAUCGUAGACCACUUCCGUUUACGACAGCUGUGGUUCCCUACAGCAAGCCAAGAUCAACCUCGUACACUUAUUCGUACUACCCAACACUAGGGCCAUUCUCACGCAGGCUGUGGACGUCACCCAGGUACCUCAACCCUAUCGCAGGACGAGCCAGGUCACUCAGCCCGCCUAUCCGUGUCUACACCAGCUGGAGCGACUCGUAUACCUCGCCCUACUCCUCGUACUCGGCCACCUCCACCUACUCCCCCGAGUGCACGGAGGUGAGGGAGGAGCGACGCAGUGUGUCCCCCGCGCCUAGCUCCUACAGACCAUCGGCAGCCACGCAGAUGAUCCUGAACCGCGUGGCGCUCAGCCCAACUUCCAGGCCCUCACCUCUCGUCAGGGGUUACCUCCCGAUGGGCCCUCCGCCACGCAUGAUGCCCCGUCUGCCGCCUUCAUACUACGACUACGACUACGGCUACGGCGGCUACUACGGCUAUGUCCCCCCACCACCCAGGGUGAGCCGAUACGACACUUACCUGGAGGAUGACCUGCCCGAGACCACCUACGUCCCACGCUACCGAUCACGAGUCCCAGACACCCUCGACGAUGCUGACUACCGUGAGAAGAGCCACCCUCACAUCACCACCACCACCCCCAGGACCACCGUCCACACGAGAAGCUACUCCCCGGGUAUGCUCCAGGACCACGUCGACAAGAUGCGCAUCCGCCUUAAGUCUCUCGCUUACUCCCUCGACCCCUCCGGCCCCGUCCCUGAGAUUGUCCUGCCUGACCGACCCAAGAAAUCGUCCGCCCUAGACGACAAGAAGUACUCCUCUGGGCCCAAGCACCUGGCGUGUGUAGAGUUUGCCGGAGGGCAGCCACAGUGGAAGCGGAGGGCCCGGGCCCGCUAUCCUGCCGAGGACCCCGACCAUGUGGUCGAACUGUGCAAGGCCGAAUACGUGGACCCUAAGGACCCCCCCGAGAAAGAAAAGGAGAAACUGAUUCUGAAGGAUCGUCUCUCCAACCGGAUCCACGAGUUUUUCAACAGUACCAUGACCCCAGAUCAGUUCGACAAAUACCUCAAGACGUACCGUCAGCCGGGCCCGAAACUUCCGAAUGCGCAAGUGAGAGGAGGCUAUGUUAAACCUCGCUUGUACGAUUCGUCCGCUGAGGUGAUGCCGGACACGUCUUCACGCUACUCCAAGCUGACCAGCAAGUGGGAAGAACCUGACACAGUGUUCGGCGCUCCUUCAAGUGGCAAGAAGCCCUUCUCCAAGGUAGAAACUGGCUCCUCCUUCUUCUCUACCUAUGGUUACACCAACCGAAAGAAGGACUAUGUGGCUGAGAAGGUGCGUUCUUAUUACUACUUCGGGGACGACAGCGCCAAGGACACAGGCCACGUCCGCUUCGACAGCAGCUCCGUCAAGGCCAUAACCGACGGCACCGCUGAAGAAACAAGCGAGGAGAGGAAGGAGCGCAGGAAGAAGAAGAAGUCAAAGGAGCGUGACACUGCUCCCGAGUCUUCUGGCUUGGAGGCGGCCCCGGCCAGCGCACUAGUAGCUGACCUCUCUACCUCAGAGGUGGAGCCUGUCUCCGCUGUCACUGAGAGUGAGGCGCCCGCUGCUAACGGUGAUGCUGCAGGAGACGAUGAGGUAUUGGACGAGAAGGAACGCAAGAGGCUGGAGAAGAAGAAGAGGAAGGCUGAGCGUGAAGCUGCUGCCAAGGCCGCCAUGGAGGCCGAGCUGGCCGCCCUUGCUGCUGCCGAGGCCGAGCUGGCCCGCCUUGAAGCCGAGAGCAGCUCCCUGAAACCAGAAGCCCCUGCCGAGGUCCCUGCUGCCCCCGCCGAGGUCCCUGCCCCCGCUGAGGUCCCUGCUGAGCCCGCCGCUGAGGUGAAAAGUGAGUCCGCUGCUGAAAAAUGAACAGAAGUGAGCGAUGACCUGGCCACCACCACCACCACAGCCGAGGCCGGGCUGGAGGGGCCACACGACUUCACCACCGCUGCCGCUGCCGCUGCUGACGCUGACGCCGCUGACACCGCCGCCGACGCCGACAUCCUGGCCAGCAGCGGACCCACCACCACCAGGUUGGGCGAGGAGGAGCUUGUCGAGUAGAUGUUGUCAGCACUGCUGCCUCGCCACACCCCCCCCCCUUCCCUCCACUAUCUUACGGAUUGGAUAUUACUAGCGGCAUUCAAUAUAGUUUUUGUUAUAAUUUUCUCCAUCUUGAGUUCAUCCAUCAUGCAUCUCUGGAUAAACUUAUCUGUACUUCAGUUCAGCACAUCUUUCUGAAGGCCUUAGAAAAACUUACAGGAUUCAGACCUAUUAUAACAAUAAUUCCUGAGAGAAAUGUUGAGUUUUGUUCCUAAGUCGUUUAGCGUCAAUGUUACUGUUCCAUCCUAAUGAUCAUAACUAUACUUCUCAAUGGCACUACAAAUGGUUUAGUUUCUCCUCCGUAAGAUUCGAGAGAAUGUUCAGUUAUUAUUUUCUGCUGCGAGGGCUAACCAUGGUACAGGGCCACGGCACUGUCACCCUCCUACCCUCACACUGUAGCACUUUAUGUUCAUUAGUUUUCUAAUUAUUUGGGCCUAAGUUAACACACACGAAAGAAUAAUAUUGGUUGUUAAAUUUUAGCUCAUUUUAUGAUGCGCUUUUUGGUUUAACUCUGUGAGGCCAAAACAUUUAUAAAGAAAAUUUGUAGCUUGUUUUUAUGACAGUAAAAUACAUACAAUUAGGUAAUGGCAUGCAAGGGGAAUUGUGUUUGAAUGUAGCUUUCUUCUGUUAAUUUAUCAUACGGUUGUGUGCUGUCAUACCUGGUCUCUUAGUUUCAACUUGAGUACCAGUUCCAGGAGAGUGACGCAAUGCUCGCUGUAACACACGAGAAAUUGCAGAGACUGUACUCAAGAUGUGUACCAAGACACGGGGCUGUACAUGUUUUGUUUUUAUUGCUGUAUUUUGUAAGUAAUGAGUGAUGUAUUUAUGCGCAGCUAUUACACUAUCUUGGUAAACGAAAGUUUGUAAAUACGAUGUAGGCGCCGCCAUCGUGCGAGCUUCAGUGUACGCCUGGCACCCGGAUUCUAACACACCACUCACCAUCAUCACGCUGGACUUCAGGGAGCCAGACUCACUCAACUGCCAUGCCUGAAUCCGGGUCCGGCGACUACACACACCGAUAGUGCUCUUAACUGUGCAACUAUGACUUAUUUUUUAAUGGGCUGGGAAUAUAAUACGUAGUAGAAUGAUUCCAAUUCGGUACUAAUUCGCUCUUAAAGAUGAACAUGAAAUCUAGUCUGCUAAUAUUUAGCUAAUCUGACACUAUUGUGAUCAAAUUCGAAGACGUUCUGUUGCAAUGGUUUCAAUAUUUUGUCUGUUUAAUCUUCUCCCCGACAAUUAUGUCCUGUUCACAAUAAAGAUGUUAAACACAA